UUUUCCUGUAUGAUCACCCAAACGUAUCUGUCAGUGCUAAAGUUGUUCGACGUCGAGGAUGGGGGAUAUGAUGUCUGGGUAUCUUAAACCAAGUGCUAAACGAAAGACACAGUCUCCUGAAACACCAGAUGCAGAGGCUGAAGAAGGUGAAGAGAAGGCACCUUACAGUAAAUAUGAUGCUCUUUCCUUGAAUGAUAAGCGAAAACUUUACAAGUGUGGUAAAGACUUUGUCACUUUGGACAAGAUCCAAUCCUGGUCAGAAUCCAUAUCUGGAAAGCAAGAAAAUAGGCCUGAGGAACAAGCGUUUGAGGUGAACAAAACCCUAAAUGAAAAAAUUUCACUAUGGCAAGGUGAUAUAACCAAACUAGAGAUUGAUGCCAUCGUAAAUGCAGCAAACAACUCUCUUCUUGGUGGAGGUGGAGUUGAUGGCUGUAUCCAUCGUGCUGCUGGUUCAACUCUUCGAGAUGAAUGUGCAGGUCUCCAUGGCUGCCCUACUGGUGAUGCAAAAAUCUCAUCAGGGCAUAAGUUGCCAGCAAAGUAUGUCAUUCAUACUGUUGGGCCAAUUGGUCAGCGAGAGAACCUUCUAAAAAGCUGUUACAGGAAGUGCUUACAACUUGUAAAAAAACAUGAGGUCAAAUCAGUGGCAUUCUGCUGUAUUUCAACUGGUAUAUAUGGGUAUCCUAUCUACGACGCUUCCUGCGUAGCACUAGAAACUGUCCGCACGUGGCUUGAGGAAGACGCUGAUGAUGGAAAAAUAAAUGCUGACCUGGUGGAUCGAAUUAUCUUCUGUGUUUUUCUGGCUGGGGACUUGGACGUCUAUAAAUUCCUUUUGCCAAGAUACUUUCCUUUAGAGGUCAAGCAUGAUCAGAUAGGGGACGGCCAGGAGGGGAAAAGUGAUGAAAAAGAAAUAGGAAAACAAAGUGAGGAAUCUUCGCCAGAGGAUGAAGAUACUGAAAAGAUGGAAGGUACAGACGACAAGGAAAGCAAAGACGACAAGGAAAGCAAAGACGACAAGGAAAGCAAAGACGACAAGGAAAGCAAAGACGACAAGGAAAGCAAAGACGACAAGGAAAGCAAAGACGACAAGGAAAGCAAAGACGACAAGGAAAGCAAAGACGACAAGGAAAGCAAAGACGACAAGGAAAGCAAAGACGACAAGGAAAGCAAAGACCACAAGGAAAGCAAAGACCACAAGGAAAGCAAAGACCACAAGGAAAGCAAAGACCACAAGGAAAGCAGAGAUCAAGAGAGCGGUGGCGUAGAAGAUGUUGCUGAGAAAGGGGUAGGAAACGAAGAUGAAAAUGAGGAAGAGCUGGCAAGUGGUGGGCUGCAAAGUGACAGCAACGAAGAGAAAGACGGAGAGAAAAAGGAAGAUAAAAAAGGUGUGGGCACGAUAAGUGAGAAGGUCGAAGAGGGAGCGUUCGAAGAAAAUCGUAACACCGAGAAAGAACCCAAAGAUAUCUCUAUUGACGCGAAGGAACCACAAGAAACUCUGGAAUCACAAGAUGAGCCUAUGAGUGUCGAUAGCGAGACGAGGGACCAAAAUCGUCCGCCAGAUGGUCAGGACUCAGAAACAAAAAUGGACGAGGAGCUAACUGAAAGCACCAAAGGACAGGAUGGUAAAUCCUCGUGUGCGUCCUGUACAAUAUAAGAAAGAGAUAGUGUAGGAUGAAAAAUAACGUUAUAGAGGAAAACGACAAAUUUAGAACCUAGAUAUAUGAACAUUGUGAUUCGUAUCAGGGCUCUUUCAUACAAGCUGUUCACCAAGUGAUCUCUAUAUUAAGGCUCGAGGUGUAGGUCGAUCAUUGUCAUCUGCUUUGAGGGGAAAUUUCUGCCCAGUUAUUCGUCAUGUAAGAAUUUCCUUUAAACGGGCUGUAGUGUUCGGAGGAGAAAUUUCAUUCUCGUUUACCAAGAAAUGCAGGAGGGUUUGGGGUUACUUUCGAUGGACUGGCAUCCCAUCCAGGAGACGGAACAAUGUUCUUAGUCACUUUAGACGGAGACAGGAUAAGCUGCCGUUGGUUGGACCACUUGUGUGGUGUGCAUACUUUAAUUGUGACAGGGUAGGCCUAGAUACAAAAAUCGCGAAAAAUGGCUGAAAAAUCUAACUGGAAAUUUCCCAAAAAAAUGCGUAUAAAUCUUAUUUUGUCUUUUCAAAUCUCGAAAUUUCCUCUAAAAAUCCCGAUGUAUUUCCAUUUUUUUUUCAAAAAUAAUUAGUUAAUUUGCAUAUAUUGCGAGAUUCCGAGAUGUGUGGAAGCUCCUUCAAACUGAUUUAAAGUGUUCAUUUAUUUACUAGACAAUAGAAGUGGUUCGUCAGCUUCGUCGCGUUACAUAUUUCGGUCUCUUUCAAACAAACAAUGACGACAAAAAAUGUUGACAUUUUUGUUUUGAAACAGUGGAAGAAGAACCAAGUAAAUAUGUUUUUAUGCUGUCGAUAAUUUGUUUUACAUUAUCGUCUAAAAUGCCCUAAAAGUCCAAAACUCCUCAACUUUUCUAAAAAUCCCGUUUGACUCUAAAAAUCUUAAAAAACAACCGAUUUUUGUAUCGAGCCCUAUAAUUGAGCCAGCCCGAUUGCGUCCAUGAACACAACGCGUUCUUUUAACCCUUUAACUCCCAUAAGUGACCAAGACAGAAUUUCUCUUUACAAUAUCAAUACAAUAUCAACUAGAUAAUCGAUGAGAACAAAGAAAAAUAUCAAUUUGGGGAUAAUUAAUUGAUCCAAUACUAAAUUCUCCGAACUAAAAUUAUAAGAAUUGUAUGAUUGACAGUAAGGAGAAUUACAAAUUUGAGUUGGGCGUUAAAGAGUUAAGAGAUCGACGAGGAAAAGUUUGUGAUUUGCAAUCUGUUGUCAUAUUCUCCAACCUUGGCCAUCCUUGUUUCUUCUAUGCAUUAUUUCCUCUUAUUUAAAAGUCUUAUUCGAUUUUAAGGUAGCUUUCCUAAUCACAAAAAAGGAAAUAAAAAUAAAAAAGACUUAUAUCAA